AUGGCGGGGUUCCUUCACUACAGACUCUGCGCCGGCUACCUCCUCCUCCUCAUCUUCCUAUCCAUGACAUUGCCACCCGACGCAGCUCGCAGCUGCUUCAUCGCUGCAGCACCAGCACCAGUAUCCUUCAACUACAACUUCACCGGCGACAACCCAUCCAGCUACCUCCACGAGCUGACAUUCCAGGACGACGCGACGACGGAGCCGCAAACAAUUGGCCCCGUCAACCUCACAUGUAGCUUGAUAAUUUGCAAGCGCAGCGGCCGGAUGACCUACGCUCGUCCGGUGCAACUCUACCACCAAGCCAAUGGCGGCCGCACCGAGGUGGCCAGCUUCUUCACCAGCUUCACCUUCCCCAUCGGCCCAAUCAAGGGCAACUGCAGAGGGGAUGGCAUGGCUUUCUUCCUCGCCGGUUUCCCUUCCAAGGUGCCGUACCAGUCGGCCGGGGGCAACCUCGGGCUCAUCUCUAACGGGGAGACCAACGCCCCUGCCUCGGACCAGUUCAUCGCCGUCGAGUUCGACAUCGGCAACGAAUACGGCGUCGACGAGGAACGCCAAGACCACAUCGCCAUCGACAUCAACUCUGUCAAGAGCUCUGUCAAUAAAACGAUCUUGCCCAACAACUUAACCCUCGACGGCAAAAUGACAGCCGAUAUCUCCUUCGACGGCAGCACGCGGAUGCUGGUCGCCUCCCUCCGGUUUCUUGACCAUCCAUCAUUGUCUGCACCGCUUAUUCAGGUGAGCGCAAAACUGGAAGGUCUGGUCACGUCGCCGUCGCUGCCGCAGCAGGUGGCCGUGGGGUUUUCUGCAUCCACCGGCUUUUGCCAGGAGCUCAGUCAGAUACUGUGAUGGUCAUUCAACUCAACCCUUUCGCUAAUAGACAAAGCAACAGACCAUUUCUCAGCGAAUUGCAAGGUUGGGAGGGGCGGCUUUGGGGUGGUCUACAAAGGACACCUGAAGCUGUUGGGUCGUGACGUUGCUGUGAAGAAGAUACUGAAGGAGCUCGGCUUAAAGGUAUCUAUCAACUGGAUGAGGAUGUCAAAUAUUAUCUUGCAGUAA